GGAAAGUGCUGCAUACUGUGUGAUACAGAAACAUUAUGACAGAGAUCUCAUCAGACCCACCAGGGACAGAGGAAAAGAUCACAUCAGUGUGAAGCAAAAGGCCAACUUAAAGUUCGACGUCAAGACAUCUACCCUCCAAGAUGGUGCACUGUCCUGUCAGCCUGAGGGCAAAUAUCAGCAUUUUUCACCCAUCAAACCAAACAGAAAAGAUGAGCUCUUUGAGCAUGUUCACCAUUUCCCUCCAUGGCUUGGUCUCCUCCAUUGGCAUCCUGGAGAACCUCCUCAUCCUAGGGGUAGUGGGCUUCCAUGUCCGUCGCUCUGUCAUUAGUGUCUGGAUCCUGAACCUUGCAGCCUCAGACCUGCUGGCCACUUCCUCCCUGCCCUUCUUCACCCUCUACAUGGCCUGUGGCAGCACCUGGACCUUGGGCACAACCUUCUGCCGCAUCCAUUCCUCCAUCUUCUUUCUCAACAUGUUUGUCAGUGGUUUCCUGCUGGCGGCCAUUUCUAUGGACCGCUGCCUGGUGGUGCUGAGACCCGUCUGGGCCCAGAACUACAGGAACGUCCAAGUAGUGGGGAGGAUAUGUGGGGUGAUCUGGGCUUUGGCUGUGGUCUUCACCAUCCCCUUCUACAUAUUCCGUGACACCAUUCAUCAACCUAAUGGCAAGAUCCAGUGUUACUACAAUUUUGCUCGACUCCUCCCUGCUGAUCCAUUUGACCUGGGACCUUUAUGUAAGCAUCGCAAAGAGGCGUUAGCCUUCAUGAAGCUCUUUCUGUCCUUCCUGAUCCCUCUUCUGAUCAUCAUCCUCAGCUAUGCCGCCGUCAAUACCAGCUUGGCACGCAGAGGCCACCGGCGCCCUUUCCGUUUCGUUCGGCUCGUGGUGGCUGUGGUGGUGAGCUUCGUACUCUGCUGGGCCCCGUACCACAUCAUCAUCAUUAUGGAGGUGAUAGCUCCCAGUGGGCAUCCUGCCCAGAUAUUUGCAGGCAAGGUCCUCCCGAUCUCAGCAAGCAUCAGCUUCCUUAACAGUGUCCUUAAUCCCAUUCUGUACGUGUUCAGCUGCCCUGACCUGUGCAAGAAGAUCAGACAUUCUCUGGGUGCGGUGAUGGAGAGUGUCCUGGCUGAGGAUCUGGCAGAGUUUGGCCGACGCCGCAGCACCGCUCAAAGCUCUAUCUCCACCACCGAGAUUGUGUUGAAGCAGAGGAAUUCGAUUACAACCUUUUGUCUGAAUGGAGAGGAUCAGGAGAAGAAUGAAAGUCUUGCUAAUCCUGCUGAGAACUGAAAGAAAACGUAUUGCAUUAAUGGCCAGGCUUCCGUUUACUUCUUGGCUUUGUAUCAUUACAAACUAUCAACUAACAUUCACCUCCUAUCGCUUCCUGUAGGCCCUUUUCACAGCAGCCAUUAUGACAGGUGAUUUAGUCAGCAUUACUCUGCAGUGUGUACUUAAUGACAACUGCUGGAACAAUCAUACAGUAUUCUGCAUGCUUUUCUUAUUUUGACGUGGAUGCUUGUCUGAUGUGUAUAUUUUGUUGAAUGACCCAUACAUUAUUGCUUCUUUUUAGUUGCUUGCUUUGUAAACAUGUGUCUCUCACUAGAUGUUAUCAGCAGGAGCUGACACAGGCAACAUUUUUGAAAUACAGAAUGCGCAUCUUAUUUUUUUGCCCAUUAUGCUUAUAAUAGAGAAUUGUUGUCAUAAAUGUCCAUUAUUGUAAUAAUUUCCAUUCAUGUAGAGUCUAUAUGUAUUAAUGCUGUGACAUUUCUAAACAUUAAU